GUUGGAGCUGCAGCACGAAAAGCUGAACAGUAGCUCGCUAGUCGCUACGCCGCGCCGUCUACUGCGAUCAAGUCGCGGGAUUAUCAUUUUUUUUGCCCGUUCUUUCUCAAUUGAUACAGUGCGUUCAGAUUAAGUGAAGUUUUGUAUUUUGUUUACCGAAAACAAGUACCCAGUUGACAGCCAUGCCGAUAUCCAUCGGUGCUACAAUCGAGUCCUUGGUCCAGGAAUUCAACGACAACACCAGUAAUGGUCCGAAGCGAUUGUUUCAGUCCAAGACACGCUUCAUGCCCGUCGUCUUCAGUCGAGAUGGGCAACUGAAACCCAAGAAAGACAUCCGCAGUGCCGAAGCGCAAGAUUUUUACGAUCUGCGGGACCGGUGUAUCCGUAACCGAACCCUGUUCGAGGAUCCUGAGUUUCCAGCGAACAGUUCGUCACUCAGUUUCAGUGGCGAUUAUCGGUCCAACAUCAAAUGGCUGCGACCAACCGAGAUCAGCAAGGACGCGGCAUUCUUCGAGAACAGCUACUCGAGGUUCGACAUUAACCAGGGUGAACUCGGUGAUUGUUGGCUGCUGGCCGCGGCAGCAAAUUUAACGCAAGAUCCCCUACUGUUUUCCCGAGUGGUCCCAGAGGACAACAGUUUCCGGGAGAAUUAUGCGGGUAUUUUUCAUUUUCGCUUUUGGCGUUUCGGUCAAUGGUGCGAUGUAGUGAUCGAUGACCGGCUGCCGACGGUAGACGGCAACCUGAUUUACAUGCGAUCAACGGAAAAACACGAGUUCUGGAGUGCUCUGCUGGAGAAGGCUUAUGCAAAGGUGUUCGGGUCGUACGAGGCUUUGCGAGGUGGAUCCGCUAGUGAGGCCAUGGAAGAUUUCACCGGAGGCUUGACGGAGACCUUUGAUAUGAAAGAUGCACCUAAGGAUUUAUUCAGUAUCAUUGAAAAAGGUUUCACGAACCAUGCCAUGUUCGCUUGUAGUUUGGAACCAGAUCCGAGUAAGUUCGAAGCAGAGACGGCACAGGGAUUGAUCCGAGGUCACGCGUAUUCCAUAACGAUGGCGAAAAUGAUAGAUAUUCAGACACCAAGAGCUAAAGGGAAAAUACAGUUACUACGAUUAAGGAACCCUUGGGGAAAUAGCAAUGAAUGGAAUGGGGCGUGGAGCGACAAAUCUCCUGAAUGGAAGUUCAUCCCGGAUGAAACAAAACGGGAGAUCGGAUUAAUAUUCGAAGUGGACGGAGAGUUCUGGAUCUCGUUUCAAGAUUUCGUACGAUAUUUCGAUCGAGUUGAGCUUUGUAAUCUCAACCCAAAUUGUCCGAUCGUCCGCCAGAGAGAAGGAUACCCUUGGAAGCAGUCAUCAUUUGAAGGUGAAUGGGCCAUAGGUAGUACUGCUGGUGGAUGUAGAAACUAUCCGGAUACAUUUUGGCACAACCCACAAUACGUUAUUCAUUUGAAGGAUCCCGACAAGGAUGACAAAGAGGGGAAAGCGACGGCUAUUGUUGCAUUGAUGCAGAAAAAUCGUCGAUCCAAACGCAAUAAAGGAAUCGAUUGUCUCACCAUAGGCCUAAUACUCUACCGAGUAACGGAAGCUGAUCUUGUCAAGAAACCUCUACCAAAAGAGUUUUUCCUACAGAACGCUUCGGCAGCAAGAUCUACCUUCAUCAAUUUACGUGAGACCACUUGUCGGUUUCGGUUGGAUCCUGGAGUAUAUGUCGUGAUUCCAUCCACAUUUGAACCGAAUCAAGAAGGAGAGUUCCUAAUUCGGGUGUUUUCCGAGUGCCCGAACUGCUUGAGUGAAAAUGAGAAUGAAGUCGGUGUAUGUGAUCUGGAUCCACGGGUUUCACCCGAUGAUAACAACAACCGUCCAGGUACCCCUCAUACAGUGCCAAUCAAACCAAUUAUGCCAGAUCCAGUGAAACCGAAUCCUCAACGCGAAGCGAUGGAACGGCUUUUCGUAGACGUAGCAGGAGUCGAUGGCGAAGUGGACUGGAUGGAAUUAAAGUUGGUAUUAGAUCACUGCUUCCGUGAUGACAUAGCGGCGGUUGCCAAAGGAAUCUCUCAAAGCUAUCAGGCGGCUCCGUUUGAGCUAAAAGUUAGCAAAGCAUCGGUAAUUGCGGAAAGCGAGCCAGUGUGUUGUGGUUUAUUAGCAAUCCUACAGGAUUGGUAUGCGAAUAUGGCCGGCGGAGACAAUCGACCACAGCAGAGUACUGGUGCCAAUGAUGUUGUGGUUCACAAGGAGAAGGCUCCUUUAAUGGCCGGUGAGACACAUCUGGGCACCUCUAGCAGCGGAUUCUCUAAGGAUGCCUGUCGCUCGAUGGUUGCCAUGCUCGAUGAAGACCAGUCCGGAAAAUUGGGUUUCCUCGAGUUUCAAAAACUGCUAACAGACAUCGCCCGCUGGAAGGCAGUCUUCAAGUUGUACGACAAAAAGCAGGCUGGACAUUUGAACCCGUUCGAACUGAAAGUGGCGCUGCAGUCUGCCGGGUACAAUCUGAACAACAAGAUUCUCAACAGUCUGAUGCAUCGGUACGGCUCAAAGGAAGGGGAGAUUUGGUUUGACGAUUUUGUCACCUGUGCGGUGAAGAUAAAAACCAUGAUUGAUAUCUUCCGGCUGAAGACAGGCAACGGAUCUAACGUUGCGUCAUUCAAUAUGGACGAAUGGAUCCAUACGACAAUUUAUUCCUAAGAAUUAAUAUAAUCAUCUAUGAAAAUGUCAUGGAAUGACAACUUUUUAAUUAGUUAGUUUCUACUUUUUCGAGUAAGUUUUCAUAUGUUGAAUUGGCUAUUUAUUGUAUAGAAUUUUUUGCUGUAAUUACAUCGUGCUAUAUGAAAUUCAAAUAUAUUU